AUGGUAUCAGUGCUAUCAUCUACAAACACUCUUACCAACCGAUGUGAACUGGACUCGCACGCAGAUACAUGUGCUUUUGACCCUGCUGGAUGUUGCGUCCUUUCAACGUCCUCUCAGUCAAUAAAUGUCACCGGUUUUCACAAUGGUUUGAAAAUAAACGAUGUUCGAAUUGGGAAUGUCUGUCUUGCCUUUGACUGUCCAUUUGAUCAUCGAACCUACUGUCUGCAUUUCUGUGAAGUGCUUCUGAUCCCUGGUCUAGGAUCGCAUCUACUCUGUGUCAAUCAACUGCGUGCCAACAACGUGGUGGUAAAUGACGUGCCGUUAAUUCGAUUGCGGCCUGAACAACGAAACAGAGAAGCUCAUGCUAUUUUGACAUCGGGUCUAAGGAUCCCAUUACUAUUCGACAAACCAAUUUCCUACUUUACAUGUCGCCAACCUACAGAUGAAGAGAUCAGCGAUAUCAUGGAGUUUCAACCAAUUUGGAUGACUGCAGACAUUCCUUGGCAGCCUUACGACCCUGACUCUUGGCGCCAAGAAGAAGCUCUGCGACAACAGAUUGAUGCUGACUAUCAAGCACCGUAUCACCAACUCGCAUCUUUCACUCGACUUGAUUCAACGCUCCCAACUGCUGCUUGCCUUGAUCGUUUACCGCAAGUUUUAGGGGACAGCAACAAUGUCGUAUGUGGUGUACACAGUUUGACGAUUCGAUCGAUGAAAACUUCCGGAAAAUCCUACCUCAUCAAGCCGGAUCAACUUGCUCGUCGAUGGAGAACCAGUAUUGAAUGUGCUCGUCGCACCCUGGAGAAGACAACUCAACGUGCCGUUCGUGAUUGGUCAGUCGUUCAAGGGUCUUGUCGUUUUCGCCCUGUACAAUAUCAGUUGGAGUAUCCGCGAUUAAAGACGAAUGUCUAUGUUGAUGUUAAGUUUGGACCCUGCAAGUCAGCUGAAGGAAACACUUGCGUCGCGGUCUAUGCUACACCAGUACAGUGGGCUCGUGCUUAUCCGUUGAACAAAGAAUCAGAUGUUCACACAAGCCUCACACAACUAUUUCGUCAGUUCGGUUUUGUCUCAUACCUGACGAUGCCAAGUCACUCACUCAAGGGAAAUUCCGAGAAGUUGCUAACAAAGGACAAGUGCCAAUUCAUCCUAUUGAGCCUCAUCAUCCUAAUCAAGCACUGA